UGGAUGCAGGUCCAGGGCACCCAUUGGUGCUGGCAUUGGUGGAUGGGAUAUGAGGCUUCUCCCGCCUAGUCACCAGGCCCCCUCUGGCCCCAGCUGAUGCCCCAUCCCCAACUGGUGGAGAUUUCUCAGGGCCCUUUGCGUGCAGCAAGGUCAUGGGUUCUCAGCAGGACUGGGUCUCUGAAGAUGUCGGAUGAGGAGUUUGAAGAUGAGUCCAGUGCCAACGAACAAGAAAAGGAGGGAGAGGAGGGGGAGGAAGAGAAGGAUCCAACAGAGAAGGAGGAGGAGGAGAGCUUGUCUCCACACCUUCUUACAGAGGAGAUCAUGAAGGGAGGCCUCUCCCUCUUGUGUAAAACAGGCAAUGGCUUGGCUCAUGCCUAUGUGAAACUAGAGGCAAAGGAAAA